AUGGAGUCCACCAGCCAAUUAGAAGAGAUCACGAUCAGUUCUGAAUCCUCCUCCGACGUCAUCCCGCCGGAAAAGGUCAGGACCGUCCGGUCUUAUGAGUGUAAUUUCUGUAAGAGAGGUUUUACUAAUGCACAAGCCUUAGGAGGCCACAUGAAUAUUCAUAGGAAGGAAAAGGUAAAGGCUAAAAAGACCGAUGAUCAGUACUCGUUCAACAGAAAUAAUAUCAUCCAAAGAGAUUAUAUGAAUACCCAUAAUCAAGUUUCUGCUGUUAAUCAUCAUAUGAAUCAUAGCUUCAAACAACAAGAUCAGCCUGUUGGCAGGAAUCCGCCGGAGUUGCCAGGCUUUUCUGAGGGCCACUCCGGCUCGAACUUGAGUCUGCGAAUUGGGCCUCCACUUGAAGAAGAUGGAGACGACGUUGAUUUGGAGCUUCGUCUUGGACAUAGUCUCUAA